AACCCGUAAUCGGUAAUCCUGACCCAUCAAAUGUUCCCUUUUCCCCUCACAUCCUGCACUUACCCUGACUUGACAACCUCAUUAUUCAUCUCUCUCUCUCUUCCCUCUUUCCCUUUUUCCGCCAUUAAAUCUAUCCCAACCAAAAUCAAUCAAUCUCCACCAUGAAACGAUCCAUGGAUUCCAACCCUGAUCUCUCCCCAAAUCCAACUACAACCAAAAAAUCGAAAUUCAAACCAAUCUCAACUCGAUCCGAUUCCAAAAAACUCGAUUCAAUCAUAAUCAUCAACAACAACUUCGAUUUCAAUCUCGAUUCACAAUUUUCAAAAUUAGACGAGAAUCUACUCUACGAAGUUUUCAAACACGCAGAUGCUAAAACUCUAGCUGUAGCAUCAUGUGUGAGCAAACAGUGGUAUAAAACAGCACUAGAUGAACGAUUAUGGGAGUUGAUUUGUACGCGUCAUUGGAGUAAUUUUAAUAAUUGUGGUACUCAACAACUUAGAUCUGUUGUUCUUGCUCUUGGUGGAUUUCGUCGUCUUCACGCGCUUUACCUCUCUAAAACGGAGCCGUUGAUGCCGGCUUUUUGGCCAAUUUCACCGUCUACGUCUUCAUCUGCAUCUUCGUCUUCGACAUCGACUAAUCAAGCGCGUGUGAUGAAUAGUUCGGGUAAGAAGUAUGGUAAAGAUGAGAUUAAUUUGUCGCUUUCUCUUCUCUCUAUUAGGUUUUAUGAGAAUUUGGCUUCCAAGAAAAAACAAUGAUCCGGAUCUUAAAUUCCAUACCCGUUUUAUCCAAUUUGUAUGAGUAUGACCUGAGUAGAAAUUGUUGUUGGAGUAUACGUUUUUGUAAUUUAGGGUUUGAGUGUAAUUGCUGUGUUUUUUGAUUGUAUCCUAUUUAAUACUAAUUUUAAUAUAAAAAAAAUAAAAUCUGUAAUGAUUUUCCAUGAGAUGAGAAUGUAAUGUUUUUAGUGUUAGCUUUUUACUCCUGUACUGCAUUUCAUAAUAUGAUGAUGAUAUUGGAUGGAAAA